AUGGUACUUUUAAAAAAUAUAAACAGGCAAGAAUUCUUUCAGCUCGAUGAUGAUCAAUCACCACAAUCGUUUCUCAACAGAAAAGCGCUUCAAUUUCAAUCAGAAUUAAAUACAAAACAAUUUGCAUUAAGUAUGGAUGAUCAAGAUCCUCUUGGUUAUGUCCGACAGAAAUUUUUCUAUCCGAAAUUGCAAACAUUACCGAAUGUUGAUAAAAAACGAGUUGAACCAUCUCAUGAAUGCAUAUAUCUUUGUGGUCAAUCGCUUGGAUUAAUGCCUGUACAAACAUGGCAAAAUAUGGAUGCAUUUAUGCAUGACUGGGCUACUUUAGGCGUUUAUGGUCAUUUUACUGGUUCAAAUCCUUGGGCAAAGUGUGAUAUUUCAUGUAUACCAACUAUGAGUUUGUUAGUUGGUGCUCAAAUCAGAGAGGUCGCUGUUAUGAAUCAAUUAUCAUCAAAUCUUCAUUUUAUGAUGACAGCGUUUUAUCAACCUAAAGGUGAGCGUUAUAAAAUUCUAUACGAAGACCAUGCAUUUCCGAGUGAUCAAUAUGCCAUUAAUUCACAAAUCAAAUUACAUGGCUAUGAUCCAAAAGAUGCAAAAAUUGUUCUCAAAGCACGCGAAAAUGAAUGUUGUUUACGAACUGAAGAUAUUGUUGAAGUACUUCAACGUGAAGGUCAUUCAAUUGCUCUUGUCAUGAUUGGCGGUAUACAUUAUUAUACAGGUCAAUUAUUCGAUAUUGAAACUAUUACACGUGUUGCUCAUAAACAAGGCUGUUGUGUUGGGUGGGAUUUAGCACAUGCAGUUGGUAAUGUACCAUUGAAAUUACAUGACUGGCAAGUUGAUUUUGCUGUCUGGUGUACGUAUAAGUACUUAAAUGGUGGAGCUGGAUGUAUUGGUGGAGUAUUUGUACAUUCAAGUAAUUUGAAAGAUACUCAAUUGACAACACUUGACGGCUGGUGGAGUAAUCAAGAAUCAACCCGAUUUGCCAUGUUGGAUAAUAUUGAUCGAGAUACUACUGCUCUUGGUUUUCGUGUUAGUAAUCCGUCUAUUCAUCAAUGUGCUGCUCUUGCUGCUAGUUUAGAGAUUUUUGAAGACGUAGGAAUCGAACAAAUUCGAGCGAAAUCAAUGAUUGCUACUCAAUAUCUCCAGUAUCUACUUCAAACUGAAUUAGCAGAUACAGGAUUGUGCCAAUUUACUUUAUUGACUCCUCUUAAUCCUCAAGAACGUGGUGCUCAACUAUCAUUUCGACCUAUCGGUAUAACUGCUCAACAGAUUCAUGAUGAAUUAGAGAAAGUUGGUGUUGUCAUCGAUAUUCGCGACGAUAUUAUUCGAAUAGCACCUGCACCAUUAUACAAUAGUUUUACUGACAUAUUUCAGUUUGUCACAUUACUGAAAAAAGCAAUUAUUGCAUUGAAAAGAAUGUGUGAAUAG